AUUCAAAGAAAAGUUUCUUUAAGCAUAAUCAAUCAUACAUAUCUAGCCCCUGAUUUUACGUGUAAUAGUCGAGGGUGAUUGUGACCACCUUGUAUCAAGGUAAAUCAUCUUGUUAUACCAUCAUCAGAUCAGAGCUCUUUUCAAACUAUUUGAGGUCGGCUACAUGAAUCCUGGUCCGUUAUUCGGCUAUAUCAAGGGCCAUACCUUCAGUGAGGCAAUAAGUCCCCAUAUCUUUUCCACUACUUCCAGCCAUGUCCUUUUAGGUUUACCUCUUACCUUUUUUGAGUCUUUCACUUGAACCAGCACGUACCUCCUAAGAGAAAUCUUCUUAUUAUAUAUUUUCUCUAAUAAACCUUUACUUUAUUUGAUUGAUGUACCCAUCUUUUUGAUGACCAGAUCAUAUAGUUUCAUGUUAGGAAUAAAUUUAUAUAGAGCAUCAACCUUAUACUAUAAAGGAAGGCGCACCUCAAAAUUAUAAAGCAAGCAUAAUAUGGUAUGCUAGCAAGUUAUUAAAGGGACUUAAUAAGCCCCAUAUGCCUUGUCAUAAUAAGCACCAAUUGAAAUGCAUAAUAUGUUCACUGAUUUUAAGGCUUGAGCAUAAUAAGCACCAAUUGAAAUGCAUAAUAUGUUCACUGAUUUUAAGGCUUGAUGAUCUACAGGAAUGGCAGUUGGAAGGAAUUUGCAAGGGAAGAGUAACCAUGUAAUUGCAGUGAUAGGAGAUGGGGCUAUGACAGCAGGGCAAGCAUAUGAGGCCAUGAACAAUGCUGGUUUUUUGGACUCAAACCUUAUAAUCAUACUUAAUGACAAUAAGCAAGUUUUUCUUCCAACUGCCACUGUAGACGGGCCUGUACCUCCCGUCGGAGCUCUAAGUCGGGCUCUUACGAAAUUGCAGUCCAGCACUAAGCUUCGACUGCUCCGGGUGUCGGCUAAAAAGUAACUGAGCCAUUUGUAUCUCCCAAAGAAAAUAGGAGCACAGGCCCCUGAAGUAGUGGCGAAAGUCGACGAGUUCACGAGAGGAAUUGUGAGUGGCACAAUGGCCACCCUCUUUGAAGAACUAGGGCUCUAUUACAUUGGACCAGUUGAUGGCCACUGUGUUGAGGACCUCAUCACUAUUCUAGAGAAGGUAAAAUCCAUGCCUGCACCUGGACCUGUACUCAUCCAUAUCAUUACUGAGAAAGGGAAGGGAUAUCCUCCAGCCCAAGCGGCUUCUGAUAAAAUGUAUGGGGUCACGAAGUUUGAUCCUAAGACUGGGAAGCAGUUCAAGAGCAAGGCUCCCACCUCAUCGUACGCUCAAUAUUUUGCAGAAGCAUUGAUAGCAGAGGCAGAAGAUGAUAACAGGAUAGUGGGGAUCCAUGCAGCCAUGGGUGGUGGAACUGGUCUUAGCCUCUUUCAAAAAACGUUUCCUGAUCGAUGCUUCGACGUAGGCAUCGCUGAGCAGCAUGCAGUAACGUUCGCAGCAGGCAUGGCAGUCGAGGGCCUCAAGCCUUUCUGUGCCAUUUACUCUUCCUUUCUGCAAAGAGGGUAUGAUCAGGUGGUUCAUGAUGUGGAUCUACAAAAGCUUCCAGUGAGGUUUGCAAUGGAUAGGGCUGGACUAGUUGGGGCAGAUGGUCCAACAUAUUGUGGAGCUUUUGACACCACUUUCAUGGCUUGCCUCCCCAACAUGGUAGUGAUGGGGCUCUCUGAUGAGUCUGAACUCAUUCACAUGGUUGCAACAGCUGCCUCCAUUGAUGAUAGACCCUCUUGCUUUAGAUUCCCAAGAGGCAAUGGAGUGGGUUCACCCCUUCCUCCGAACCAUAAGGGUACACCCUUAGAGAUUGGGAAGGGAAGGAUUCUAGUGGAGAAUGGAGUUUCAGUAACCAUAGCCGAUGCGCGCUUUUGUAAGCCUCUAGAUGGAGACUUAAUCAGAAGGUUGGCCAUGGAGCAUGAAGUUCUACUUACAGUGGAGGAAGGAUCAAUAGGAGGUUUCGGUUCUCAUGUAUGCCACUUUUUGUCCUUGAAUGGCCUCUUGGAUGGAAAACUCAAGUGGAGAGCUAUGGUGCUCCCCGACAAGUACAUUGACCAUGGAUCACCACAAGACCAGGUGAUAGAAGCAGGAUUAUCUUCCAAGCACAUUGGUCAUGUUGUUUUAUCUCUUGUUGGGGCGCCCUUUAAUGCUGGGAUUCUUCACAAUAUUAACUAACCAACCUAAACUUAUCUCUCUCUCUUCUCUUCCUCUAUUAUUCAAAGGAAAGCACAGGUCGUGGUUGUUUUUUUUAGCUAAUUCAAUGGUAAAGGCAGGUCCCUACCCGUUUAUUCAAAAGCUUGGGGAGUUACAUUUUGAAGAUGUUAAUUGAGGCUGUCUGUGGUAGAAAUGAACACCACGAUAUGAUAACUGGGUGUGGAGAUGUUACCACGGUCUCCACCACUUUCCUCAGUUAGUGGUUGUUGUAAAUAAAAGGGUGCAUGUUUCCUUUUGUUUUUAUCAUUCACCUUUCAGAGACGUCACAUUUAAGGCUUGUAAUGUAUUUUGGCUGCGAGGAUGAGAAGAAUAUUAAUUGUUGUAAAUGAAAGGGUGCAAUUUCGUCUUAUAAUGAUUGUAAUGGUACCCAAUU